AUGCUACGAUUAACUUCAAAAUCCCUCUUGAUCAUUUUUCUUCUACUCGCUUCUUCAUGUCUUUUUUCCAGUUCUUACCCUCUCUCAACCCAGAACAAGUGGAUCCUGGAUGAAUCCACAGGACGCAGAGCCAAAUUCGCGUGUGUGAACUGGGCAGGUCAUCUAGAGCCUAUGAUCCCUGAGGGUUUUCAUAAGCAGCCACUGAAGCAUAUAGUGGCUCAGAUCGCUCAACACAAGUUCAAUUGCGUUCGUCUCACAUACGCCAUUCACAUGUGGACGCGUCAUGGCAAUGAUACUGUUGGAGACACUCUUCUUAAUUUGGACUUACCAGACGCCAUCCAAGGCAUGGAGAAAAAUAACCCUUCGUUCUUGGUGAUGACUCAUGUGCAGGUGUUUGAAGUUGUGGUUCGUGAGCUUGGGGCUCACAAGGUUAGGGUUCUGCUGGAUAACCAUGUGAGCAAACCCAAAUGGUGCUGCAACGAUGAUGAUGAGAAUGGGUUUUUCCAUGAUCGCCACUUUGAUCCCGAGGAGUGGAUACAAGGGCUUACCCUAGCUGCCAAGCAUUUCGCUGGAAAUUCUGCUGUGGCAGCAAUGAGCUUGAGGAAUGAGCUACACGGUCCACGCCAAAACCAGGGAGAUUGGUACAAGUAUAUGAGCCACGCAGCCAGAGCCAUACACAAAGCGAACCCACAAGUCCUAGUGGUGAUCUCAGGAUUGAACUACGAUACCGAACUUCAAUUUCUGCGGAAAAAAGCCCUGAAUCUAGACAUAGAUUACAGAGCUGGGUUCGUGACCACCGGCGAGAAUGCCGUUCCUUUGAUAUUUACUGAGUUUGGGUUUGAUCAAACUGGGGGUUCUGAGGAAGAUCUCAAGUUCUUGACUUGCAUUCAGACAUACCUUGCGGGAAGAGACAUGGACUGGGCCUUGUGGACCCUGCAAGGAAGUUAUUACAUGAGAGAGGAGCGAGUGGACGUUGAAGAUACCUUUGGAGUGUUGGAUUCAUCUUGGAAUCAGCUAAAAAAUCCUAACUUAACUCAGAUGCUUCAACUUCUCCAAAGGACGAACCAAGAUCGUGGUUCCAAACUCCCACAACAUUCUAUAUUGUACCACCCUCUAAGUGGGCAAUGUGUGAUGUGAACGAGAAGGACGAGGUUGAAUUAGGAAGCUGUGAAAACAAAAGCAGAUGGCACUAUGCCAAAAAAGGAAACCAAAUCCUAUUGGUUGGCACCGACAAGUGCCUAAGUGCAAAUGGUGAAGGCCUUCCUGUGCUUGUCUCUGCUGGCCAUAACUGCAACAGCCACAAAAGCGCUUGGAAAACCCCUUUCUCUCUCGAAGCUUCAUUUGGGUAUUAAGCAGGAGAAUCAUCAUCACUUGUGCUUGAAGAAAGAUUCCAACACAUCGGCCAUCGUCACUGCCAAAUGUAUCUGCAUUCGUAACGAGGAUUCUUUGUGUUUGGAUGACCC